AUGGGCAACGACAGUGAGCGCCUUGGGACAGGAGUGAGACAUACCCUUUCGCUCGAACUGACUUCAGCUCCAUGCUGUUACUCAGCUCUUCCGUCGAUUGACCAAUCAGGCAGCAAAGCCUUGUCGUCUGGUCCCCACUUAGAAGAACCACGUCUUGUGCUCGCAUGCGCGGUGGAUGGGGAAGAGAGCAGUCGCGAGCUCUUACAAGCCCUGGCCGAGAGGCUCGCCGAUAUGCUUGACGAGGUCGCUCGACGCGGCGGGAGCAGGGAAGCUGCAGGCGGCAGCCCAGAGGUACAGCGAUGCCCGGGGGAAGGAGGCCGAGGCGCUGACCAGGAUGUCUGCCAGCUUCGAUGGAAGCAUACUGGAAUUCGUAGUUCCGCUGGUUCUCGACGGGCCGGAUUCUCGAGCCUGCUCCCACAGAUCUUCAGCGUGAACGCGAUCCGGAUGCUUCAGAACGAGGAGUACUCUUUCACAGAGGUGGCGGCCAUCAAGCGGCGCGACCGCCUCCUGCAGGCCGUGGUCGUGCUGCUGGCCCUGGCGGCGGCGCUCGCUGGCGGGUCCUCGCUGUACGGGCUGCUCUUCGCCGCCUAG